UAUGAAUGUAUUUGUUGUCUUUUUUGCUGUUGUUUUUGUUGUGAUUUUCUACUGCAGUCACUGUGAUUUCCAAUGCAAAUUUCCCACUGCGACAAUUACGUCUAUCUUACAGUAUUAUUUUAUUUUGUAAAUCAAAGUUAACCAGCUUUUUGUUCUUUGAUUGAAUAUGAAAAGUUGCAUUUGUAGUAUAUGAUAUUGUGAUAUUGUGUUUCUUUUCCCACAAGUGUAAGAAACAAGAAGAUCUUUGAGAAGAUGGAGCCUCUGGUGGUUUCCUCACAGCUUGGGAACAGCAGCAAUGACUCUGGAUCUUGUCUGGGGGAGAGCCAGCACGUGUCCAUCGCUGUCCUCCUGUGCCUGGUCUUCUUCCUGGGCUUCCUCCUGAACACCUUCAGCCUCUGGGUCUUCUGCUGCCGGUUGACCUGCUGGACCUGUGGAACCACACUGCAGUUCCACUUGGCCCUCAGCGACGCCAUCGCCACCCCAGUCACUCCCAUGAUAGCGGUGUACUUUGCCAUGGGCAAUGAUUGGCCCUUUGGUCGGUUCCUGUGCCAAGUCAAGAUUGCCCUGCUUAGUUUGCAUUUCUACGGCAGCACCAUAUUCCUCACUCUCAUCAGCAUCCAUCGGUACACAGCCGUGGUGCACUACAACAGAAGCUCCUGCAUGAAACGGAAGAAGUUUGUCAGGAAUCUGUGUGCAGGAAUUUGGUCUCUGCUACUGAUUCAGGCUCUGAUCUACGCUUUAUUGCUUCCUCCUAGUAAAGAGGGCAGUAACAGUCAAUGCCUCACCAUCCAUCAGAGGAACCUAUCAGACACCUACUUUGUCAUUAACUUCAUCCUGUUCAUCUUUGGGUUUCUACUCCCUUUUCUUCUGUCAGCUGUUUUGUAUGGCCGUCUGACGAAAACCUUAGCUCACCUCAACAUCAGCACGGCUAAAGGUCUGAAUGUCAAGGUGAAAUCUCAGAGGAUGAUCGCCAUGUGUCUGGUGAUAUUUGGGCUGUGCUUUCUGCCUCUGAACGUGGUACGAACCGUGGGAGUGAUACUUAAAAAAUACUACCCGCAUGAAUGCCAUGUUCUUCUGCAGAUCGAGACAGCGUAUUAUGUAUCCUGGAUUAUAGCAGGGGUAAACAGCUGCCUUGAUCCACUGCUGUACUGUUUUGGUUCGCAAAAUUUUCGAGAUGCAUUCCAGUCUUUCAAGAUUAGGAAGGGAGAAGGUCUGCCAAGAACUGAUUCAGAAAUUACUGCAAAUCAGUAACAUUGGGGCUGCAUCUCAU